GUAUCGGGAAGAACCAGGGAAUUCUAAUAACGUCCACAUCUGGUCUUGUGGUUCAUGCAAAAACUUUUAAAAUACUGAUAACUGAAAGUUCUGGUAAAUCUGCAGGAGCGUUCAAUGUCAUGCCCGUCAGUUUGCUAUCCUGUGAAUAUUUAGUGGUCACCGAAAGUGUACAUUUGUCUUCUUUCCUUCUCGUCGUGAACUCAGAAGGAUUCAAUGAUGUCACUAUCGAGUUUGCCUUCGAACCCGCAGACAGUAGUAUCAAUUACAAAAAUACAAUUACUUUCUAUUCGGGGCAAUCUUUACGAGAAUCUUUGGAGUCAUUAGAUGUUCUGCAAAUCUUGGGUGAAGGAGCUGACCUCACAGGUACUUGGGUCAGGGCACAAAGACCUGUAGCUGUCAUUGCUGGGGCCAGUUUUGACUGUGUGUUUAUGGGGAAUGAGAAGUGCAAAUUUAGAGAUAUGCUUAUUGAGCAGUUACCCCCUGUUUCUGAUUUGGGACAAGAUUAUGUUCUAACGCCUUUUUCUAACGAAAAUAAGGUUUCUUUCGUCAAAAUUGUUUACGUAACUCCCUCCACAACUUUUUCUGGCCUGGAACAUAUUCAGAUGAAAGAAAGCACAUCUCGAAAUACAUCCACUUUUCUCUAUUUUCAAGUAGAAGCCCACACUAUUACUCAUCUUCAUGCCUCUGACCCUGUGUUGAUUGUACAGUUUGUUUUGCCACCGUUCAACGAAACAAUUCUUUUUGAUUUGUCAGCUACUGUUCUAUACCCUAUAUCCAAAUGGGUCAAUCGUGCAGAAAUUUUAACUUUUGACGACAACAAUUAUGAAAUGAUAAUCAUUGCAUCCUGCCUCUGUAUACAUGAAAUACAAAUUGGAGUAGAUAUUACAGAACUGAACACACUUUCGGAACCCGAAGAUGAGGGGGGAACCUCUCGUUAUUGCUCUAAAGAAAUACUCAUUUCUUCAAACGAUUUAGAGAAUAAAAUCGAAGUAAACGGUGAAAGUUGUCCGUUUACUGGUUCUAUCAUUAAUGUCAAAAGAUCAGUUUCUGGUUGGGCCGUGCCACUUGUGAAUUUCCACUACAGAGUUGAUGAAGUAAGCCCGAGCCCAACCCCACUAGUCAGAGUUAACUUGUGCCCCUGUUCAUGUCCACGAGCUUUUUAUACUCAUCGAGACAUGCUCAAUAGGACAGCCUUGUCCUCAGAGAUAGCAGCCAUCCAGAGUUAUCUCUAUGUUCUAAAAGAGGACCUCUCCAAAACAGUAAGGAGCAAAACGUCCGCCACGGAUGACAGGCCGUCAAGUACUGCAGUUGGUUUCCUCGUGUUUGUUUGUACUUUUUUCCCGAUAUUUGGGAGCCUGGUGCUAUGCGAUUUGUACAAAGCUUUAUGCUGGCUUUACCAUUAGUUACUUAAGAGAACAAAAGUCGACAAACAGUGACGAGGCAUCAGUUCAGGGUUCAUCUGGACAUGAAGUGACUCGACUCGACUAACCAGUUGGGAUCACAGUUAGUCUAGAAACUAACCAGUUCAGGACCUGUUUAAAUAGGAAGUGACUCGACUCGACUAACCAGUUCAGGGUCCGUCUAAGCAAAAAGUGUAUAGACUCGACUAACCAGUUCCAGGCCCAUUUUGUCAAGAAACGAACGGUUUUCACCUGUACAAUGUGACUUGACUCGACUAAUCAGUUCAUGACCUGUCUAAACAGGAUGUGAUUCGACUCGACUAUCCAGUUCCGGGUUGUCUAAACAAGAAGUGACUGGAUUAUCCCAUUCAAGGUCCAUCAAGAAAAGGCGUGGCACGGUCGAUUAACAACUUGCUGAUUUUUACAUGAGUGUUUCUUUUUUGCUUCUCAAAGUUUCUCUAAGACUUAUCUUUUCACACGACGAUACGGUGAUCUCAGCCACACUGUAAAUUAAUGUGCAGUCUUUACGAUUUAACGCUGUUUUUGCCUAAUGCAAGUAUCCAUGUAUCUGGACGCAUACUCAUAAAGGGCAAUGUUAUUAUUAUUUUUCAACCUAGGUGUUCUUACACCCCCAUCAUUCUUCAUCAACAUACAAAUACAGGCGCCCCUCAAGGAUGUGUUUUGUCACCAGUUUUAUUCACACUUUACACGAACGAUUGUCAAAUAAACAACAGUAACGUUAAGUUGAUAAAAUUUGCAGAUGAUUCAACCAUAAUUGGGCUAAUUCAGACUGACCAUAACAAAAACCGUUUACCAGAACCGGAAUUUUGUACUUAACUUUGCUGAAUGGUGUGAAAAUCGUAAGCUGCUUUUAAAUGUGAAAAAAACCA